AUGGAAACUGAUAGUAGUGAGGAAAGUUUAUAUAUGAUGAGGCCAAUUAGACCAUGGUACAGACACAUAUCUGUGGAACCAGUUAUGUUUUUCUACAUGAUGGCAUUUAUGAUAACAAACGUGAUUGAGCAAACAUUUUACUUGUUCCGGGCAUGCACAGUCAAUCAUGGUUACAGUCCGGAUAUAUGUUAUAACAUUAGCAGUUAUGACACAAUUAAUAAGGAAGUACAGGUCACAACGUCGCUCUUUCAUCAAUGGAACGGAAUAGCAAUGCACAUGAUACCUGUAGUGCUUGCAUUCUUUCUCGGCGCCUACAGUGACAAGCGAGGCAGAAAAAUUAUCCUUUUAACGGGCUUACUUGGAAAAUUAUACUUCUCAUUAAUGAUUACAUAUAUAGCCACUACCUCAUGGCCUGUGGAAUACGUGAUAUACUUCGCCGUGCUCCCAAGCGCCCUUACAGGCACCGAUUUGGCAAUAUUUACUGGAUGCUUCGCAUAUCUUUCCGACAUUUCUUCGGUGGAAAAUCGCACCUUUCGAGUAGCUAUUUUGGAUGCGGUGUAUCUAACUACUAUGCCCACUGGAAUUUUUUUUGGAAAUAUAAUAUUCAAUCACCUUGUGGACAAAUCGUUCACCGCGAUGUUUGCAAUAAACUGCUGUCUUAUGGUACUGGCGACGUUUCAUUGUAUCUUCUUCCUCAAAUGGCAGACAAGAAACGAGCAAAUGUCGGCCAGCGAGGCGGGAGUGACCAAUCCGAUCAAGGAUUUCUUCAAUAUAAAUAAUAUCAAAGAAACAGUCAUAACUUUGACGAAGCAAAGGCCGAAUAAUAGAAGAUUAUUCCUCUGGUUCCUACUUGUGUCUAUGGCGUUUUAUACAUUUCAAAGAGACGAGAAGCCCGUGUUAUACUUAUACGCAUCAAAAGUAUUCAAAUGGGACACAAAUGAUUACAGUAACUUUAAAACCUACCUUAGUACUGCCUAUGUGAUUUUCACCCUUUUUGGAAUUCCACUGAUGUCCAAAAUACUUAUAUGGCGUGACACGAUGAUAGUAAUGCUGGGUGCGGCUGCGCACAUGAGCGGUCAUUUGUUAUAUGCACAAGCGACUCUUGGCAGCACCAUGUAUAUGGGGGCAACUGCAGCCGCAUUGGGGCCCUGUAUAGUGUCACUCCUUCGUUCAAUGACCUCAAAGGUUCUUACGCCGGCUGAAAGAGGUGUUGCGUUCGCCUUCCUAUCGGUAAUGGAAAACGCUGUGGGAAUGUUUGCGUCCAUUGUGUAUACGCAAAUCUACAAGGCGACGCUCGGUACGCAGUAUAGUAACGCAAUAUUCUACUUUACUAUGGGCACACAGGCAGUUGUCUUCUUCUUGUCAUUAACCAUGGAGAUUUUAUUAAAAGGACAAACUUUGAAAAGCCAAGUGGAUCAAGAUGAUACCAUUACUGAAAUCAUUUAA